AUAUAUCGAUGAAUCCACAGCAAGUCUUCAUCGAAAGUUGUGACGUAUCGUACGCAACCUUAGACCACUUAAGACACUUGAUACAAGCAGCAACGUCAACAACAUUAAAAUGAAUGAAUCGGAGAUACCCAUAGAUAUCCACACGCUGAAGCUGCAGGAUUGGCUCAUCAGCAGACGGAUUGUGCCCAAAAACAUCCAGGCACCAAUCAAGGAUAUACAUUCAAGGAUCAGAAAGGCCCUGCAAGAUAUGCCAGCCAACGAUCAACUAAUCAAACUCUUGUCCGGAUCCAAUAUAAACUAUUUGCAUGUGAAGGAGAUCAUCGAGAUCUUGAAGCAGACGGAAAAGGAUACGAAGAGCGUGUUCGGUACCUAUGGCAGUCAGCGCAUGAAAGACUGGCAGGAGAUAUGUCGCCUGUAUGAGAAGAAUGCCACAUAUCUGGCGGAGACGGCGCAAAUCUUCGUGAGGAAUGUUAACUAUGAAAUUCCCGGCGUGCGCAAACAAAUGAUCAAAUUGGAACAGCAGACGGAUGAGUGCCUGAAGCGUGCCAAUGAUAUGCACAAGCCAGAGGCUCAACUUCUGGCCGAGCAUGCUGCUCUGCUGGAACAGCUGGGCGUCAAGGGCGAAAAUCUACAUGCUGAAUUUGUUGAGGUGCUUGGGGGCCUGCAGAAUCUAUAUGCCAAAUCCUUGCAGAACAUUGGCCGAGUGCAGGCUGGCAUCGAUCUCUAUGCCGAGGUCAGCGGGCAGCAACAAUGCCUGCCCAUACUCCGGCAUUUGGUGGAGCAUGGCAACACAACCGUUUAUCAGUACAUUCAUAAAGAGGCGCCACUUGCGAUUGAGGAGCCUGAGCUGCGUUUAAGCAUCAGCGGAUCCAGCAGCAGUAAGGAUGGCAACGAAGGCAACGAAAUCGACUUUGGCACUGAUGACAAUGGUGGCACAUCAUCCACUGUUUCGGCGGAGAUUAUCGACUAUGGUGAUUUCCCGGAAGCAGAUGGUGGCAACAUAGAUUGGGGCAUCGAAAGUGCACCCACAGAUGCUGUCGAAAUCAAUUUCGAUAUACCCGUCGAGGAAUACGGCAUUGUUGUCGAGGGCACCGGCAUGGAUGGUGGCACUGCCAAAGGUGAUCAGGCCUAUACGCUGCUGGACUCGCCCAACUAUCGCGAUCGUUUUCUGGACGAAAUCCACGAACUGGAGGCAUUCCUGCUCAUGCGCCUCUACGAGCUUAAGCAUUUGGAGUCGUCGAACAACAUAAUGUUCUCUCUGAUGGACAGCAUUGCGACGCACGACAGCGAGACCAUUGGCAAAAUAUUGAGCGACGUGGAGAAGAUCAUUCAACAGGAGUCCGAUGAGCAGACACGUCAUCUAUUCCAGCUGAAACAUUCACCCAAAUAUGCCGAUCUGCUGGCCAGCAAGCUGCAGCAGAUGACAAAAGCCGUGGAGAAGCUGCGCAACACGCGCGAUGUCCUCAAGAAGCGUUCCGUGGAAAUUCGCGAGCAGCGUUCGAAAUUGAAUCCCGUCCUGGAUGAACUUAUAGCACAGACCCGCAAUCUGCAAUCGUACAUCGAGAAGGAUAUAUCCAAACGCUAUAAGAAUCGUGUGGUGAAUCUUAUAGGCGGUGUUAACUAGAUAUUUUUAAAGAUGUAUUUAAAUUGUUUAUCAAGGGAAACGUAUGGAAAAGUGCAAAUAAAUUGUUGAACAUAUUAACAAAAAAUAAAUUUGUUUGCUUAG